UGGUGAUCUAUCCUCUUGACAGCAACAGCUCCUGGUUUACCACCCCUUGUUACCCCACGACACACAAGUCUAUCGUUACAGCAAACCCGCUGAAUAAUUCACCAUGGGUAUGAGAGGAAUUCAGCUCGGCCUGCGGCUGUGGCAGUUCAUUUGGACCUUGCUCGUCAUGGCCCUCAUUGGUAACAUGCUGAACGAAUCCUUUGCUGGAGACCCCGCGACGGUCAACUACUGCAUGUUCGUGUCGGCGUGGUCGAUGUUCACACUACUCUACCUGGUCCCGGCGUCGUUCAAUCUUGACUGGGCCUUGUCGCCUUUCCUCAUGGUCGCUCUGGAUUUGCUCAACGCGCUCUUCUUCUUGACUGCGGGUAUUGCUCUGGCAUCGCGGCUGGAGGCUCACAGCUGCAGCAACGAAGAAUACACCCUCCACAACGAGAUCACCAAUGGCUCCUACAGCCGUCAGAAGCGCUGCCGUGAGGCCCAGGCUUCUACUGCAUUCUUGUGGUUCGCAUGGGCUGGAUAUACUGCCUCCUUCAUCAUGUCGUUCCUCAUGGCCCGUCGGUCCAACACCAGCAUGCGCGGCCGCACUGGUCCUGCCCGCGGCAGCGUUGGCCGCCCCAGCAUGGCCCAGGUGUAAAUUUGGUAUCGUCCGGAACAUCGCUCAGUAUAUCGCUCAUUUCCUGCACAAAGAUUCUGAGAACAGGAAUGCAGAAUGCACCUAGUGGAUAGCGUUGCAAGAAGAGUUACGAUACCAAGUCUAAUUAAUCGUGUUC